AUGCAACCUCGGCAGAUGUUUGCAACUGUCAAACAAGUGUUGAAUUUGCUGCAACAGCUUUGCCGGAAAGACGGGCACCAAGUUGAUAUAAAGCAUUGGAGAAAAAGAGAGAAAGAUAUUGGUAGUGUUUAUGUUGAUGGUCAAUUUAUUGUUUCCGCUUCUUCUGAAACCAAAGGAAAUGCUAAACUUCAUGCUGCAAAGGCUGCACUUGAAAAGUUGGCCUAUAAAUCUACUGGUAAAUCGGAUAUUAAAGUUGAACCAAACACAGAGAUUGGAGGAGCAAUGCAGAAGCUGAAUGAGCUAUGUAGAAGGAAGAAAUGGCCCCUACCAACUUACAGAAUAGAGAAACAGGUAGGUCCUCCUUACGAUAGGAGGUUUAUAUGUUCUGUGCAAGUUGCAGUUGCUGAAGGCGUGCUUCUUGUGACGGUAGGGGAGAAGUCGCGAGUAAAACAUGCAGAGAAUUCUGCUGCUUCAGCGAUGAUUUGGGGUCGGCAAGAUUCUAAUUUCUGA